AUGUUGCACAUGUGGGCCAGGCUGGAACAACAGCCUACAUGGCAGCAUGUGGCACACCAUAGGAGCCAACAAGGUGAGUAUGGGAUGGGUGGACAGAUGGCAAUGCCAACUGUGACCACACUUCACUGUGGGGACCUCUCCCACAACUACCUCACAGGAUCUGCAGUCACACCACUUGCUGCACGCAGCCUGGAUCUCUCCAGCAACUUCCUCUCGGGCCAGCUGCCUGUUGAAGCAUGCCAGCCUCUCUCUUUUGAUGCCAACUGCUUCACGCUGCCGCUUGGCUGUGCCUUGGUGCCGCAACGUCAGGAGGCAGCAUGCAACGCAUUUUGUGGCGUCUCCUCUGCUGCUGGUGCUGCUGGUGCUGCUGCUGCGUGUGGAGGGCAUGGGGUGUGCUAUCCAGAGGGGGCUAGCAUGGCACCCACAUGUCUGUGCGACGCGGGAUUUGUGCAAUUUGGAGAGAUCAACUGUGUGGCGCAAGGCCAGAAUAAAACUUUCUCAAGCAGCCAGCCGGUUCUCCCGCCAGCAUCUGUGCUCACCAAGGGAACGCAGCGAGAGACGGGGGGAAGCUUCACUGCAGCGCCUGUGACGCUGUUUGUGUACGAGGCAGGGCAGGCGCUGUCGCGGUGUGGGCUGCAGCUUGCCUUCCACGUCAACUUCACCUUCUCCCUCUCGCCGCGAUCUGGCCGUGUGGGCUUCAACGGCUUUGCCUUUGUCGUCUCGGCGACGAACCAGGUGGGGAGUGGAGCCGGUGUGGGCUAUGGCGGAAUGGACACGCGGAGCAUGGCGAUCGAGUUUGACUCUCUACAGAACAAGCAGCACGGCGACAUGAGCAGCCAACAUGUGGGGCUGAACAUUCGAGGCGAGGACAAGUCGGUAGCCGCUGUGAGGUCACCAUUCCCACUGAGCAACCGGAAGGCGUACACGGCGUGGGUGGACUAUGAGCCAGGGGACCCCGGCACCAUUCAAGUCUUCUUGGCUGAGUCGCAGGAGAAGCCGCAGCAGGCAGUGCUGGAGAGGAGGCUGGCGCUGUGUGAGGUACUGCAGGGUGCAGCCGAGCAGCACGCUUUCUUCUUUGGAUUUGUGGCGUCCACCACUGUGAAGCCGUUUCAGCGGCACGUCAUUCUUGAAUCCUCAGUGGACACAGCCUAUGGCCUGCGGCUAUCAACGGACACGUACCUGCCAGAGUGGGCCAGCCCCUUCCCGCGCUACGUGAGUGCGGACUACCGAGUGGCGCCCAGCAAGCAGGACUCGUGGGUCGUCAGCGACUUCCACUCUUGGGACUCUGUGCCCUUCCUUGGCUGGCCUGUCAAGGACCAGAAAGACUGCAGUGAGUGA